CAUCUGUCCUCAAGUCGGUGGCACUGCUACGGGAGCAACACCAUCCUUCUAUGCGACGUCGUCCGACCAUCUCAACUCACCUCGCUACUCGUCAUGGCACAUCUCACCGUCGCAUCAAGGCCAUCUCCGUCUCCUCACCUUGCGCCUCUCCGCACUCACGACGACCUCGAAGGCCGACGACGUAGCUUCCCUUGCCUGGCUGCUGCCGAAGCAUCUCGGACCUCGUCGCCGCAGCAUCAACAAGGUCAUCAGGGAAAAGGACGCCAACGUGUCGCGUUAGUGUCGAGCGUCGAAGAGGAUGCGGAGAGGAUCUCUUGAGAAUGGCUGGAAGGACAGACUACGUCGCGACCUUCAGGUGGCGUGCCAGGAUGCGACAUCAGCUGGCCAUCUUGACCUCUGUCUUCCCUUACGAUGUCUCCCAAUAAUGACUUCUCGAACUGACUCCGUCGCGGCCGCGGCGGUAGCAGCCUUCAGAUACCCUCUCCCUGCCCAACUUGGGCCAUUUCCACACGGUCUCAAGAAAGCCAUCCAAGAUAAAGACCUCAAUGUCCUCGUAGAGUUUGCCAAGUGGCAACUCCAAACCCAUAGAGAGGCACUCCUCGCCGAAAGGCUGGUAAGGAGCGUCGAAAAGUUGCGUGGCCAGAUAUCGGUCAAGCAGGCAGCAGACCUGCGAGCCAACUUCCAUAUUCUGCGGCUGGCUCGACAGAGCUCAGCCCUGCCCAUCGAGGUCAAUGUCCCUCGCGCCUCGCGCCCUCAUACGAGUCAAAAUCGGCCAGCGAAGUUCGUCUUCCUCGCACGGGAAUCCAUCAAGUGGAACAAGCACAAGAGGGUCCCCGACCAUCGUCUUCGCGCGCGGAAGAUCGCGAGGAAGACGUGGGCAAGCAUCCCCGAGACGGAGCGCCCCGCAAAAUUCGAGAUUGCGACGUACGUCGUCGCAGGGAGCGCCAUCAAGGGGAUGGAGAGAGGAGGGUGUUGAGCUUUGGCUCGACUAGACUAGCCUGCGCUCAUACCCCUUCUUUGCCCCUACCUGGUCUCUUGAGC